GAUGAUUGUUACUACUCUGGAUAUGUGGAGGAUGUCCCAGAAUCUGUUGCCGUCCUCAGCACCUGCUCUGGACUCUGGGGACAUUUGAAGAUUUAUGAUUUAAACUAUGAAAUUGAACCUGUUAAAUCUUCCUCUACAUUUCAACACAUUAUUUAUCAAAUGGCAGCUGAUACAGACUCACCUGGUCGAUGUGGAGUAGCUGAUGAAGAUAUCGAAGAUCAAACAGCCAAUGGCAGAGAACAUCAAAUAUCUAAGGUUCAGAUGGAGAGACAACUUGAAGGUGAACUAAACACUUUGUACACAUCUACCAGAUAUUUAGAGUGUUAUUUUGUUGCAGACAAAGCAAAGUUUCGCCACGAAGAUUCCAAUGAAACUUUGUUGACAUUGAAGAUGCUUCAGUAUGUACAUUUAACAAGUGAGAUGUACCGUCCAUUUGGCCUUCAUGUUGUUCUGAUUGGAUUAGAGCUUUGGACAGAAAGGGAUCUCAUGACAAUUACUCACCUUUUGGAUCAGGUUAUUGUAUUUUAUUCGACCUAUGUUCGAAAAUUCCUUAUGGGCCGUGUACGUUUCGACCACACAGAAUUAAUUGUGGGUGGAAAAUAUCCAGGGAUUGAUGGGUAUUCAUAUGGAGACCAUCUGUGCACUGGUACUCCCUCAGUAGCUACUGUCAAAGCGAUAUCUAGAUCAGUGCUUUAUGAUGCAGUCAGUGUUGCACAUGAGAUGGGCCAUUCUCUUGGCUUUCCUCAUGAUGAUUCUAAGAGAAAUAAAGCUAGAGGCUGUGUCUGCAAAUGCUCCGGAGGAGGAACAUGCGUGAUGUGGUCACAUGCCUGGCGGAUAUUGUGCACAGAGUUCAGUAACUGCUCCAGAGGAUUCUAUUUCGACACAAUAAGAAAACCAGGAAAAACAUGCCUUCUUAACAUACCAGAAAAGAAAAUAUUUGGAACACAGACGUGUGGUAAUGGUAAACUAGAAGAUGAGGAGGAAUGUGACUGUGGUAUGGAUGAGGUGUGCCUACGGAGUGGUUGUUGCCUAUCCAAUUGUACAAUAAAGCCAGGUGCUGCCUGUAUUUCUGGACUUUGCUGCAAAAACUGUCAGUUUCAUAGACAAGGGAAAAUAUGCAGAGAAAGUAUUGGUGAGUGUGACCUUCCUGAGUACUGCAAUGGGACUUCAGACUGGUGCCCAGAGGAUGUAUUUAAGCAAGAUGGAACUCCAUGCGGUGACAAUGACUGUUGUUUCCAAGGGAGAUGCCGUAACCACGAGAGACAGUGCAAAGCUGUAUUUGGCAAAGCAGCACAUCUGGCCCCAUUGAGUUGUUUCAAAGCAGUGAAUACUAAAGGUGACCGGUGUGGCAACUGCGGUGGGGAUGGACUUACUUACAAUAAGUGUCAAGACAACGAUGUCUUGUGUGGAAGACUGCAGUGUGUUAAUGUUAAAAAAAUACCUCAGAUGAAAAGUCUUGGGUCCAUAGUUCAAACCCCAGUUGAUGAUAUCUUGUGUUGGGGUACAGAAUUUAAUAGUGGGAGAGACACGGUGGAUGUUGGCUCAGUGGGAGAUGGCACCGCAUGUGGUGAUAACAAGAUAUGUAUAAACAGGACAUGUGUCAAUAUAACAAUUCUGGAUUACGACUGUAAUUACACAAAAUGCAGUAACAGAGGGUUCUGGAUGUUGGUUUCCAAUAGUGACAUUGUCAUCAUUAUGGGAGUAGCAAUUGGAAGCAUCCUUCUUCUUCUUCUGGUUCUCAGCUUUGCUGUGCAUAAGAGAGCUGAAAUUGCUCAGGUCUUUAGCAGGACGUGGUUCAGCCUCUGUGAGCAAAUGGUGGAUUCCGCAUCCAUAUAG